CGUUUUAUUUUGAAAUACGGAGACAGGAAGUGGACAAUUGUGUUACGUAUCCAUGAGCCAUUUCAGUCCCACGAAUAACAACAAAAGUCACCAUCAGAAACGGACUUUUAAAUCAAAGACGUAACCAUGGGAGGGAAGAAUAAACAGCGGACCAAAGGAAAUGUCCGGCCAUCAAGUAGCGGCCGUGCUGCUGACGUACUCACCCGGGAAGGUGGUGUCAUACCUGGGUUUGUGGGCUUCGAUACGACGGUGACCUCGGAGCUGAGUUAUGUCCCCGCGGUCCACGGCGCGGAGGAGAUAGACAACAUCGUAGAUGCUGAUUUCCGCCUGGUGCUCAGGAAACUUUCCAAGAGAGACGUUGUCACCAGACUGAAAGCUGUGCAGGACUUUGGAUCCAUGUGUCAGGAACGGGAUGCCACAGAGGUUAAAGGGGUCCUGCCAUACUGGCCAAGGAUUUACUGCAAGAUAUCAAUGGAUCACGACCGUCGGAUCAGGGAGGCUACACAGCAAGCUUUUGAGCAGCUGGUGCUGAAAGUACGUCGGAGCUUAGCCCCCUUUCUGAAGAGCUUGAUGGGCCACUGGAUCCUGUCCCAGUGUGACACUUACACACCUGCAGCCUCUGCUGCGUGCCAGGCCUUUCAGGCUGCAUUCUCACCCCCUAAACAGCCAGAGGCGCUGAGCUUCUGCAAGGAGGAGAUCCUUAUGGUACUUCAAGAUAUUUUGUUAAAGGACACUGCAGAUACACUGAGUGACCCACAAAGUGUGACACAGGAAGAGAGAGAAGCCAAGUAUUUGCGCAUGCUGACCAGUUCUCUGCUCGGGGUUAAGAGACUGCUCUCCCUGCUUGUUCAGAGUGACAGAAAGGCCCUGGAGCAAAGACUAGAACAUCUAAUGAACUCUGGCAAGUUCUGGAAAUACAGCAAACACAAGACACCACAGGUGCGGGGGGCAUUCUUCGAGAUGGUCUGUGCUCUGUCUGAGUUCACUCCAACAUUAGUUCAGGCUGAAGCAGCACGACUCUGCCCGGCUGUUCUCCUCAGCAUCGAUGACACGGAUCCGUUAGUGUUGCCUCCUGUGUGGGAAGCUGUUCUUCAUGUUGUGUCUACAGUCCCAGAUUGCUGGUCACAUGUGAAUGCAAAGAAGGGUUUCCUGCCUAAACUGUGGGCUUUACUGAAAGAGGGUGGUAAAGGCAUGGCGAAAGCACUGCAUCCUAAUCUGAUGCCACUUCUCAGCAAACUGCCCCAACAAGUCACUGAUCAAACCCUGGACUUCUAUGCCACCUUCUUUACUUCCAUCACACAAGGCCUCUCUAGUGAGCGUGCAGCAACAAGUCCAUCAGAAAGUGCAGUUAUUGUAACUUCAUUUGUUGAGUGCUUGAGGUAUUGCAUACUGCACAACACCCAACAAGAGGACGAUCAGAGAAAAAUAAGGACCAUGCUCAUUUCUCAGCAGCUCCUACCUCUACUUGAAAAGGCUCUUGGAAAUCCCUUACUUCAGAAUGGUCCUCUCUUCCUUUUGGUCACCGAGAUGUUGAUUUCCUGGGAGAAGAGGGCAGGUUUACUUGUUGAAGGUGAAACAAAUGACAGCAAAGAUGUCUUUCAAGAGCUUCUGGCAGACUUUUGGGAGGAGCUCGGCCUUCUCUUUGUGCGUUAUGUUGACAACGAGGAAGCAGAUCCACAGGCCUUGGAGGGCAUAGCCACCAUGCUGCAGGUGAUGCACUAUCCUGAGAGAGUAAACAAAAAGCACGUCCAGAAGAAGAAAUCUGUCAGGAUCUGUUUCUCUAAGCCCGAGGACAAUGACAAAACUGGGGUUGAGGGGGGUGAUGUUGAGAAGCCUGUGCAGACGGUGUCAGAGCCUGCGGAUGAGAAAGCUCUAGGUUCCCUGCAGACCCAGCGCUUUGAGGAUGUUGUGUGCCAGCUGGCCCAACUGUGCUUGGUGCAUGUAAAUGAGAAAAACUCAGAGAGACAUCUUGUUUUUCUCUCCCUUCUCCUACGGUCCUUCCACACGCCAAGGGUCUUCAAUACACUGGUCGACCUGGAUGACAGAACAACAAAGGAGAGUGAGCACAGAGACGAUCUGAACUGGAAAAAUCCAGCGGUUCAGUUCCUGCUGGAGCGAGUGAUGGUGUGGCUGACUGAGAAGGGCCGCAGAGACACUCAGCACCUGGUGGAGAUGGUUUUCAGCUCACUCCACUGCUGCAGCCACCAGGAUACCACAAGAAUACUUAACCACGUCACCAUGAUGAAUUUACAGUGGAGGAUAAUCCUGCAGAUUAUUCAGAGGGCCUGUGCAGAUCCUCAGACUCUGAAGAGCUGUCGGGAUUGGCUUAGAGGUUCAGUUCUUGGCGAGCAGCUCCUGGGACUGACUGAAGAGCUGUGUAAGAUGGGAUCCAGUUCUACGGCUUCUACAAGCAGCCAUAGUUGGACACUUAUCAGCCUGGUCCUCUCUCAACACCACAAUAAUGAGCCACUGAUAGGGGAGGUGUACAUGGAGAAGAUCUUGGAGAAGCUUCACGCCACUCUGUCUGAGACCAAGAGUCUGUCAGACUCAGGAAACAUGGAGCCACUCAUCUCCUUCAUCUGUGACGUUGCCUCCACGUUCUUCUCCUCUGUACAAGACUGUCUUCUCCUUCUCUCUGCUGAAGAACUCCUGCUCAGUGUUUUCCAGCUCACUGCCCAAGAUCAAACUCACACUCACUUGUCUGACUCACUGUUGGAUAAGCUGAGGAACGUGUGUGCUGCUGGGGUCCGGUCGUUGUUCCAACACUCUGAAUAUGAGGUCAAGGAAGGAGGUUUCCUGCACAGUGUGGCUGUUUGGCUGAGAAACCGACUUCUCACUGCAUCUCUGGAUAUUAAAAGUUUGCAGGUUCUUGUGUUGGCUAUAGAGAGCCUAGUGGAGACGAUCGUCUCUGUCUGCCGUGAAGACUCCUCAUACAUUACUCAAUUCUUUACCCUAUUGAUGCCGAGCCAGACAGACUGGACAAGAACCAGACAGGCCUUACCUCCUCAGUGGAUCAAAACACCCUUACUGUCCAGUCGUCACAGAGCAGUUUGCAAAAACCCCUCCGUGGACAUGCAGACGUUUAUGGAGCCAAACGUGGUGCCGGCCCAUUUAUGUGCCUGUGCCGUGUUAGGGACGGUGGCCAGGACUGUUGUCGACAAGCCAUGUGAACCAAAGACGACACAAUCACACCUGCCAUUACUUAAUUGCACAGUUUCAGAGCUGCUGUAUGCACGGCAGUGGUGUAAGGAGACUGCGUACAGCCCUUCUUUAUUGUCUGGUUAUCACAAGCUACUGAGUGACUGUGGGCUGUCAGAGGGACUUCACAGUCAGGUUCCUGUGACGAGUCUGCUGGAGACACUCUACUCAAGGUCAAUGGAGGACGGCGGGCUUUGGUCUCUAACUCUUGAAAACUAUAUCCACACCAACAACUUGGCAGCCACUUGCCUUGCAGCUGUGCGGCAGCUUUACAGUGCAGUGGAGAGUUGGUUCCCGGUGUCUCAAAGCAAACUGAGCACGCUGCAGGUGCUCUGCCCAACCAUGACCAUAAAAGACAGAGAAACUCUUGUAACUCUUGCCACGGCUGCAAUCAUCAACUGGCAAGAGGAUGAAAAUGUGUAUGGGUGUCUGGUGGUGCUGCUGUGCUGCUUAAAAGCCAACACAGACGUAGAGGAGGAGAUUCUGCAGGCUAUCCUGGCCACGAUGAUGGAGUGGAGGAACAGCAAGGAGGACUGGUUCCUUUUCGGCAGUGAUCUGUCUAAAGCCACAGCUGAGCAGUUGAACUUUACCGUGGAAAUGAUGCGUUUCCUCUCGUGGCUGGUGACUCAUUGUCCGACAGUUCUUGGCAACAGCCAGUGGGACUUCUUGCUCUGCUCCAUGUUAGCCUGGCUGGAGACUGCCAGUGAGAAUGUGAGCAGUCUGUGGAACCCCUGGGUGCAGUUAUAUGUGUGUGAGAACACGGCACUGAUCGUGAAGCUGAACCAGUUCUUUGCAUCGCCCUCACCUGACACUCUGGAGAAGCUGCCCUCAGAACUGGCUGCUGAGUGGAAAGACUUCUUUAUUGAGGGAAUCUACAACCUCAUGUUGCCUCUGCCUAUAAGUAUUACAGAUGUCUUCCCUGAGCCGGAUGACCCCGCGUUCCCUCUGGCCGUGCUGCAGUCGGUGGGUUCUGCUCUGACAUAUGUGCCCGUGCAGCAGCUGACUCAGAACUCCCUUCCACCGCGGUUCAUCGCUGACCAGAAGACAAACCUGCCAGAGGCCCUUCAGACCCUCCUCAACACUUUGUGUCCCCUGCUGCUGUUUAAGGCCAGGCCUCUGCAGAUCACCGUCUACCAUCUUCUGGAAAAGGUGAUGCCUCAGCUGCCUGAGUGCGAUGGAGAAGGAGACAACAGCAAAUCUGAUGAUGAUGGAGACGAGCCAUGUCUUUCUCCUCCAGCGUCUCUGAUGUCCGUCCUGUCCACCUGUGAGGAGCUGUGUGAUAACAUCCUGUCGGGAGUCCAAGUCGGAGAGUUUGCAGUGGUCCAGCCUCUCAGUGUGGAGCACUCCUGUAUUCUGGGAUACUUGCUUGCCUGGAAGCUGCUCCUCAAUUUCUUCAGGUCCUCGCCCUCCCAUCUGCGUGCACAUUAUGCACAGCAUCUGAAGAGAAGCUGCUCCUUAAACAAACUUCUCCUUCACCUCUUCAAACUGAUGCCUGAGACCCCCGUGUACCCAGGCCAGGGGGCGGAGACAAAGGAGACCAAAACCUUCUUUACAGAGCUUCUGUCUCUGGCUGUUGACAAGAGUGACAGUGUUGAGUGGGAGCUCCCUCACCUGGCUUGCAGUGUGUACUACAGCACGGUGCAGGACCUGCCCGCCAUGGUGCGGCUGUGGUGGAACAGCCAGGAGAAGCGAGUGAGCUUAGCUGUGGAGAAGUUCACUAUCAAAUACAUCAGCCCUGUUCUCUCCGCUCAGGAGAUCUCAUCGGUCCACACCAGCACUCAGAUGUUUGACAGCAUGACUGUUAAGGCCCGCUCAGCAGCACGGGAGGUGAUCGCCACUUACUCUGUGGACGACAUCUUUAUUGAGCUGGUGAUCCAGCUGCCACAGAACUAUCCUCUGGGCUCCAUCAUUGUAGAGAGUGGACGACGCGUUGGUGUCGCCGUUCAACAGUGGAGGAACUGGAUGCUGCAGCUGAGCACUUACCUCACACAUCAGAACGGCAGCAUCAUGGAGGGCCUGGCUCUGUGGAAGAACAACGUGGACAAGAGGUUUGAGGGAAUCGAGGAUUGCAUGAUCUGCUUCUCCGUUAUUCACGGCUCCAACUACUCCCUGCCCAAGAAGGCUUGUCGAACCUGCAAAAAGAAAUUCCACUCUGCGUGUUUGUAUAAAUGGUUCACGUCCAGCAACAAGUCCACCUGUCCACUGUGCAGAGAAACCUUCUUCUAAAAGAACCGAUGACUGAUUUCCUCCAUCGACCCUGGUUACUCGCAAGACGCUGCAGAGAUGACAAUUGUGUUUGUCAUCCAGAGAACAGUGAAACCAGGCGUUAUAAUCACACUUUGUAAGCUGUCAACCGUUUAAAUGGCAUCAGUACGUCUGUUUAUGAGUUUUUAUCUUGCUUUUCUUUUUUGUGGACAUAAGUUUUUUUAGCUUUUGAAACGAGCAGGUGUGGAGAAGACGAACCUGUGAAGACCAAAGCUUAUCAGGCUCUCCUGUUGAAAUGAGUCAUUUUUACAAAAGAAAAAGAAAGAACGGUCCUAAUAAUGCGAUGCCAAAGACAGGUUUCAGAAAUAUUUCCUAAUAUUUAGGAGUGUCGGGUGAUGAUGUCUGUGAUCACCUGUGAAAAGCAGGAUCUUUAAAUCACUUUAAAUUCAAACAUGUAAACAGCAUUGCAGUGUGUGUGGUUCUCUGUAUACUGUAGGAUGCUAGAAAGGAAAUAAAAUACAACAUGAUGAUUA